AUGAGCGAUAUAAGAGAGGCUAGCCAGGUUGCUUUCCAAGAGAUACGACAGCCCUGUGUGGCUCUGUCCAACAUUGUCUUUAGCAAAACGUCGCCCCUCGACCCAAGAUCAAAAGAGCUCAGUGAUGCAGUUUCUCAAGUUUACACAUCUUUUGCGCAGGUGGUAUCAUCUCUUGAAAAGCAGCAUGGGGAAGUGUAUCUCACCACCACAUUGGCAGACUACGUCUUUGUGCCAUUGGUGGAUCUAUUCAAAGCCCCUCAGAUUGGAGACAGAACUCUUGAAAAGCUUUUGAAAAUUCUGGCAACCCUCAUAAGGUGCUGUUGGAGGAUUGCUGGAAGUUUGCCUUCUCAAUUGGGUACUAACCUGCUCUCGCUACUGAGUUUCCUGAUAGGAGGACCACCAUCAGGCCAAACAAGACAAAAACCGUCGAGAUCCAAUGAAGUCAUUGAAGCAGAUUUGGAAUGUCUCAAAGAGCUGUUUAUCUCAAUUCGCACCCAGACAAGCGCAGGAAUACCGAACCUGCUGGAGGAUGCAUCGACUCUUCCCUCGUUCGGAUAUACCGUUUCCGUGAUUCUGGAUUCGCUUCGCGAUUGUCAAGAUGUAAAGGUUCAAAUACGUGCUUUGGAGGCUCUAGAUGUUAUUUGUGAUCUUUUUCCUAAGGGUGACAUGUUAUCGAUGAUUCUGCCGGGUUGUAUGUCAACUUUUGUGAAGGUUGUGGCCCAGCGGAAUGGUGUCAAGGUCCAUUAUACCGCUUUAGAGGCAAUUAUACGGCUAGUCACGAAGAUUCUGGUUUUCACAUGUUCUGAUAACAAUUUGGGGGCCUUUGUGAAGGAUUUCAACCUCAAUUCCCUGGAGGACUUGAAGGAUAGCUCUUCUGAGCUAUUGAAGAAUCAUGACACUAUUGAGUUUAUCCCGGAGGAAAAGGACCACCGAACCAAGGAGUGGCUUGUCAAGACAUCAUCACAGAUUGAUGUUGCUUUUAAUACGAUUCUGAAGCUGAGGAAUCACGAUAAACAGAUAGUUGUGGAAGCCAUAGUGGAGCUGUGUGGGACUCUAAUGGCCAGGUGCCAUUAUUCGUUGAACAGCCUGAUACCGAAAUUGUUAGAUACUUUGGGGAAAAUCUACUCCAAAGAUGAAGGCAAUGACUACAAAACUUUAGAAACGGUGGUGAAAACUCCCAAUCUGGAAGGAUUCGUUUUGAAACGGCUUGACCAGUGGAUAGGCUCUUUGUCCGCGGCAUUUCUUUUCACGGACCAAGAGAGAACUUAUGGAAUUAUCAAGCUGAUUUCCUUUGCAUGUGAGAUCAUCAAAUCGUGGGCAUUGACGGGUACAACUUCGAAAACGAGCAUUACCGUGUUGAUGCAGAGACUACUGAUUACGAUCCAGGAGAGCCUUUCGAAUCUCGUUUCAAGAAAGAAAGACUCCAAGCCUUCAAUUACCAGCAUUCCUCAGUCAAUAGGAACUGACAUGUUGAUCACAACUCAAGGAUAUGACGGAGGCGACAUAGACGAUAUUAGUCACCAGAAACCUCUCUUCGAUGGACUGCUUGAUUCAAAGUGCGAAGACGGGCUCUACCUGCUUUUGAACCUGGUAACUCAAUUGGAUCCUACACUGAAAGUUCCAGAGCCAACUAUCUCUGAAUCUCAGUCAUCGAAGCCUGUACUCCUUUGGAUGAUGCGUGGACUCCUGUGUGGAGCCCAAAUCAAACCAAACGCUUUGCAAGACGAAAACUGGAUGUUUAACGACGAUGAGGAGAACCAUGACGUUCUUGUCCAGGAGCGCGUUUAUGAUCUUCUCGAAGCUUCGGGAAGUCUUCUGAGUGAAUGUCUGACUGAGGAAGCAUCCGACUCCGUGGCUAGAGCCCAGGUAGCUUCCCUGAAGUCCAUAGCCGAUGCUUGUCAAUACCUUGGUCCAGACUUCCAAUACGAGCUGAUAGACUAUCUCUAUCCAGUGGUUGACUGUCUGACUUCUCCCAUAGAACACGUAAGAUACGAAGCUCAAAGAACUACCUUCCAGAUAGCGAAGAUCUGCUAUGACGGAUCGGUCAAGAGUCUCAUCUUCGAGAAUUAUGAUUACUUGAUUGACUCACUCUCUUUGAACCUCACUGGUCACUCCAUCACACCUCGCACUCCAAUAGUACUGAUGGUUCUGAUCAAAUUCGGUGGAAAGGAGAUAUUGUACCAGCUUUCGGACGUCAUCAGCACCAUGUUUGCAUUGCUGGACAUGUACCAUGGAUAUGCCGUUUUGUGCGAGAGUUUCUUCUCUGUGUUCCAUGAGUUUGUUGAAUCAGUGGAAAAGUCAUAUCUUGAAGAUUACGAGUUUGUGAAACCCGAUGCUGAGGGUGAUAUUUUGAGACCAUGGGGAAUGAAAACGUUCGACGACCUUGUAAAGUUCUUAACCCACGAACGAGAUAUUCCUGAGAUGAACGACCUCACACUUGAAGAAGUCUUGGAUAAGCCGGAUAGUGAUGAUGACGAUGAAGAAGAAGAAGAAAAUACGGCAGAAUCAUCACCGCCUCAAUCAGAGGAAACCACCCCAUGGCAGUCACCAAUACCCAAGCAGCUCUAUUUCAAAAUCCAACAGAUCUGGAACUAUGCAGAUCGACUUUCAACCCAUUCGUCUCUACGACUGAGGGUUUUGAUUUUAACCAUUAUGACCAGAAUCGUGCGGCUGUUGUCCUCUUCCCCACACGAUUUCCUGCCGAAUCUUGCAUCUUCCUGGCAUUUGGUUUCUUCCUUCAUUUUGGACGUGGACAAGGCCAAGGGAACCACCCCCGACCCGAGACUCGUGAUUCUAGCCUCGGAUCUUGGCUGCCAAUUCCUUCACUAUGGGGGCGGUUUUUUGACCCAUCGAAUGCUCCAGUUCUGGAGUGGUCUCAAGACCAAGCAGUGGUUUCUAGACGGCACACGAGCCCUGAGACAUCCUAAGGCUCAUAGCGCAAUGGACCUCUAUCUCCAAGCAAUGGUAGCCGUCUCGCGAUUCCUGUUCUGUUCCAUUCAAAAUUUGGGGGUUCAGAUUCCUGAGAAUGUGGCCUACGAGAUGAUCCACAUGGCUUGUAUCUGGGUAGAAAAAGACCCGGAAAAGUACGGGUACUUUGCAGACACAGCCACCUUGGUACAGCUGGAGAAUACUACAGCCAUUGAAUAA